UGUGCAUCCGCAUAAGAGUUAACACAGGAUAUACACUCACACACACAGACAUACACAUACACGUACUCAACCAUAUCUCAAACUGGAGUCAAAGUAAGGAAACAGAGUGGCAGGAAAGGAAGCGCUGAAGCCAGUGGGAAAGCAGAAUUUACCUCAAGUCUCCAGAGCUCAUUUCUGACCCACUCUGAGAAGCUUAAGGGACAAGUUUAGAUUCAAAAGACUGGAGAUAUUGUUUUAAUUUUUAUUUUUUGGAAAUAGGGAUGAAAACAAAAUGAGAUGUUUAGUUAAGUAGCAGAAACUCAACCUUCACUUGGAUUCCAGCAGGAAGACCUGGAUAUUCAUAUUGAGCACAUCAGGAGGACAUUCUUGGCAUUCUCUUUGUCUCUGACCACUCAGCGCUCAUCAGGUCUUUCAGAGACCCAUCAUCUGCUGCCAACAUCUUCAUGUUUACUACACAGGACACAACAAAAAUGAGUCUGUCACGCAACGGGACACUGGAGAAGGCAGGAUCUGAGCAGGCCCCCUCUGAGCCACGGUCCCCCUCCAGACGAACAUCAGGGGUCGUGGUGCCACCUCCAUACGAUAGGGGCAGCAGCGAGGUUGCUAAGACCCCUCUAAAGUUAAGGGGCUCUCUGGACUGCUGGGCAUGCUCAGUGCUGGUCACUGCACAGAAUCUGAUCAUCGCACUACUCAACGCCGGGCUGGCCAGCAUUGUGUUUGCCGCCAUCCUCACCCCUGCUCUUGCAAUGAUCAUAUUUGGCUUCCUCUGUCACUCCACGGUGCGGCCCAAUGGGACGUCUCUGUAUUGCUCAGACCUGCUGGAUGACGGUGGCUGCGUGGCGCUGUUGGUCAUGGGUUUUUUGUUGCUCACCCCUCUGCUAGUCCUGGCACUCGCUGCCUACUGUCGCCUGGCCCGUCACCUCCAGUUGGGCCUGUGUUUCAUUCCAUACAGCCGUGCCGUCUAUAAGAACCUGCCCACUUCACACCACCAGUGGCCUGGUGCAGGAGGCUGCUGUGGCAAGCAGGAAGCUGCUGGACGAGAGGGGAAGAAUAGUGUAUGGGUGUAGGAGAGGAGCGGACAGGAGAGGCAGAUUGUAUGAGGUAGCCCUGUUGAGCUCUUUGUUUUUGUUUUUUUUUUUUUUUUACAAAUUGCCAGUAUAUUUUGGUGUCGAAAGCCACUGUACAAAUCCAUCAUAUAUCAUCAUUACUGCUGAUUUUUUAAAAAGUCAAUAUUGCUUUUUUACUGCUCCAAAUGUAUUUUUAUAUGUUUUUACAAUAAAUCAUUGUUUGCCCUGCAAGCUAAAUUUUGCGUUUUAUACAGAACUCUGCAAACUGAGCAGGUGAAGUGUGAAAUAAGCAAUUUGUUUUAACAGAGAAGGUGAAAAUACAAUUAACAUAUUACUGUAAAUGGACAAAGUAUCUGUAAAAUUAGAUAAUGUGCAUCUGUUGUCAUUUAUUCACACUGGCCAUUUCUGUUCUACUUAUGUAAAACUAUAAGAAUACUGUAUCAGUGAUAACUAACUCAGAUUGUUCUGUGUUUAUUUAGCUGUCUAUCAUAGCAAAUCCUAAAAUCUUUUUUGAUUAUGUUUUGUAUUACUAAUCCAAAUCUGCAAAGUAAAGGAUAUUGAAAGAUUUCAUGUCAAGGUGAUGCAGUUAAAUUACAAUAUUUCCUUAUAUUUCCUUUCCAAGCAGGAAAGAGUAUAAAGUAUCAUGAAAUUGAAGUGUAGUAGAGAUAUAAGAGGUAAUGUGAAUAGUUAACGCUGAUAAAUCACAGCAAGAAGAUUGUGGGUUCAAACCCUUGCAAUCAACCGGGGAAUUCUUGUGUGGAGUUAAUAAGUUCUCCUUGUGCCUGUGUGCGUUUUCUCCGAGUACUCGGGCUUCCUCCCACAGUCCAAACAUAUCCAGGUUACAAGACAAGCCAAGGCAGUUUGUUUCUUGACCUUCAUCCAUCUCCAACUACAUAU